CUCUCACCGAACUGCCAGAAAACUUGGAGAUGGAGACCAAUCAAAUUAUAAAGACAGCAAGUUCCACCAAUGAUAGAAAGUAGAGCCCCCAGGCACCAGAGGUGAAUUUUGCUGAACACAGACAAGAAGAAAGUUUCAGCAUGAAGCAAACAUUCUGUCCAUCUCAAUACUGACUCCUCUCUGCUUGGUCUUUUACUCAAGUGUCCAAAACUGACUCCAAACAGCCGCAAGCUUUGCUUCUCCCGUCUCAGAUUAUGAAUGGUUUAUUUUGUUUCAAACUGCUAAGAUGAAACUCCAAGCUCUUAUCACUUUCGUGACCUUACUCUGUUAUUCACAAUGCCAAGAACCUACGUAUCCUGUCUUUGACAUUCUUAAAGAACUUCGAUUAUCAACCGCUACCAAUGAGAAUAUAGUUAUUGGUUCAAAUCCUGAUCUGACUGCAUUUCGAGUGAACCCUGCAAUACAGUUAAAGAAACAAAGCUCUUUCCCUUCAGAUGGGUUGCCCUCAGAUUAUUCCAUUCUUACAACCUUUAAGAUACUGACAGAUGCACCUUCAACUGUUAUGAAUUUAUGGCAAAUAAUAGAUUCCAAUGAAAAACAAAAAGUCGGACUUCAGUUCUAUAAUGAUACAAAGUCUUUGAUGUUUUUCUACACAACGCAAGAAAGAACUCUAUUCUUCAAGUCAUACAUUAAUGUAAACAAUCUUCUUGAUGGCAACUGGCAUAAAUUAUCAUUGAGUGUUAAAGGCAAUGAAGCCAAAGUCAUUUUAGACUGCCAAGAUGUCAGCACAGUUGCCAUGAUGGAGCCAAAGAACAAAAAAAGCAACCAGUGGAGGUCACUGAUUAAAAGAGACACAGAUGCCUCAUUGGUUGACCUCCAGCAGCUUGAAAUACACUGUGAUCCACAAAAAGCUACAUCUGAAGAAUGUUGUGAAUUGUCUGAUCAGUGUGGAGGCGCAGCAGAAAUGGCUCUAGGUUCAAGUCCUCCAAGAUGUAAAUGUUCCCAUGGGCUUAUAGGUCGUUUGGGGGCUACAGGUCAAAAGGGUCAAAAAGGACACGAGGGGCAACGAGGAGAACCUGGUAGAAUAGGAAAUUUGGGGACUCGAGGUAACCCAGGAGCAUAUGGUCAAAUUGGGGACCCUGGACUAAAAGGCGAGAAAGGAAUUCAAGGGGAGAAAGGAGCAAGGGGCCUUUAUGGUGAAAGGGGUGAUCGUGGGGAUCCAGGAUUUAAAGGAUUACCAGGAGCAGAUGGUUUUAAAGGUGUUGCAGGCUCACCAGGGAACAGGGGGCCAACUGGGCCAAAAGGAGUGAAGGGAGAACAAGGAGAGACUGGAUCUGAAGGAAUCACAGGGUUCAGAGGAGUGAAGGGUGAUGAUGGCUUCCGAGGAAAGGAUGGGCCCCGUGGCAGACAAGGGAAAAAGGCACUUAUUGGUGACCCGGGUGAUCCUGGAAUCAUUGGCUUAAAAGGCAUGCCAGGUGUGCCUGGAUCAAAGGGGAGAAGUGGUACACAAGGUCCACAGGGGAUAGUUGGAGACCCUGGUUUACCUGGAAGAGAUGGUGAUGAUGGAAUUGAAGCAUAUCAGGGGCGUCAAGGACGUGGAGGAAAACCAGGAUUUUUGGGAGAAAAGGGAGAAAAGGGAAUAACUGGACCGCGUGGACCUGAGGGUCAGCGAGGAAGGCCUGGUCCUACAGGUCCUAAAGGUGAAGCUGGGAAACCUGGCAGGCCUGGAUUUAUUGGGCCACCUGGUGAGGCAGGUAAUGUUGGUCUCCCUGGUGCCACAGGACAAAAGGGCAGUACUGGAGUCCAAGGAAUUAAGGGCAAGGAGGGAGAGAAGGGAGAAAAAGGAUCAAAGGGACCAAAAGGAAGUUCUGGUGACAUAGGUCCAAGAGGUCCUGAAGGACUUCAGGGGAAAAGAGGACCAGCAGGAGAAGCUGGAGCUCGUGGGAGACAAGGAGAACAAGGGGAUGCUGGUGAUCCUGGCAUUCCUGGAGAAAUUGGACCUUUGGGUUCCAGAGGACCAUCUUUUCCGGCUUCUCAUGUAAUAGAAGUUUGCAGAAAAUUUGUUCUUGAACAGAUGUCUUCAUAUGCACAAGCUGUAAGGCGACAAUGUGCCAGUGCUUGCCCGUUGUAUGGUGAAGUACCCAUGGGAGCACCAGGACCAGUAGGAUUGCCUGGACCUCCAGGAAAACAAGGUAAACCUGGACUGAAUGGGCUUGAAGGUGAAACCGGACCAGAGGGAUUUUAUGGUGAAGCUGGAGAUCCAGGAAAACAAGGAGAAAAAGGUGACUCUGGAAAUAAAGGAGACAAAGGACCAAGAGGAUCUGGCCUAGUUGGAUUUGAGGGGGAUCAAGGACCUAGAGGUGAAAGAGGCAGGCCUGGACAAGCAUUUGAUGGACAGCCUGGUUUAAUGGGCCCUAGAGGCCACAGGGGACAACUUGGGCUAAGAGGUAACGCAGGCCUCCGCGGACCACCAGGUCUUUGUAUCACAACAGGAUGUCAAUCAAGCCAGGAACAGAGACCAUAAAGCACUGAACUGAUAUUGUUCUUGAAUUAAAUAAGUGUUUUUAAUCAUCAAGUGGUCAGUUCACUACCUCAUGUAGUUUCUGAUGAGAGGCAGAGCUAUUAAAUGACAUUAAGAUACUUUUAAAAAAAAUCAGAACUUUUGUGAAGAUCAUUUGUUUUGUACAUAUAUAUUGAAACUGCAAAGGUCCCACUAACUACUUCUGAGAACCCAAGUAGUCGUUCUGACUGCAGACAAUGGCUGUGAUGUGACGACACAUUGCUAAACAAGUUGUUCCCCUUAAAUCUGUUCAAGUGACUACUUUGUGAGCGAUGUCUGAUCACUUGUAUCUAUAGCAAAAUAUAAAUCUGAUAUUAUUUAUUGAAAGAGACACCCAAUGAGCAUGCUGUCACGGUUUAAAUUAGGAAUAAAUCGCUGAUAUGUGUUACAAACCCCCACAAUACAAUGUUGCGGGAUUUUGUCAUUCUUAAAGAAAAAGUAUAAAUGUAGUUUUGAUGUCAAAUAAAACAAUAAAGUAAUAACAACAUUUUAGUAGCUGGUA